CUUCAACGGGCUGGUGCGUUGUCGUUGUUCGCCGUCGUCCUCGUCGUCGUCGUUCGCUUUCCGUUUUACGGUACCACAAGCACACACACGUACACACGCACACAAACGAACACAUACACACGCCAAGCAUACACGCACUUACGUGCGUACGCACACAUACACACUCGCUCCUUGUCACACAAACUCACCCAUAAUCAAACACACACACACACACACACACACACACACACACCCAUACACGUACAUACACACCCAUAAUCACAUACAUACACACCUAUUCGUUACUGGAAAUACGUAAUUUUCAAAAAUGUGCCGUUACGUGCCUGCAGUGAUGUCAAUGGCAUAAUCAGUGCGAUAUUUAUUUUUUUUUUUUAUACCCGUGAGUUCGUUUUUCCAAAAUUGUUUUCGAUAUUUGUUUCCGUGUGAUUUGGUUUUCCGAGUGCGCUUUUCGGUUGUGGUGCGCGAAUGGUGUAUAACGACGCUGCUGUUGUUUUCGUCAUUAGUCCAACGUCGCCGUACGAACUUCGCGAAGUGACAUCGCACCGUCCGACGAGCCCGGGGUCGAAGGUGGCGGCGGCCGAGUCCAUGCGACGUGCGUGAGGGGACGACGGCGUCCACGUCCACGUCGUCGUCGUCUGCAGCGGCUGCGGCGGCUGCGGCGGUGACCGCGACGAUCAUGGUGCCGCCGUGGUGGCUGCUGGUGGCGUUCGUGUUCGGCGGCGUCAGCGCCGCGCUCACGUCCAGCCGGGUAGUGCGCACCAAGUACGGGGACGUGAGCGGCGUAAUCGUGACGCCCGACAACCGGCGGCUGGACGCGGUCGAGGUGUUCCGAGGCGUACCGUACGCCUCGCCGCCGGUCGGUUCGCUGCGGUUCAUGCCGCCGGUCACCGGGUCCCUGUGGUCGGGCGUCAAGGUGGCCGAUCGGUUCGGGCCGGUGUGCCCGCAACGGUUGCCCGACGUGUCCAACGAGACGGCCGCUCUGAAGACGAUGGCCCACGGCCGCAUGCAGUACCUGCGCCGUCUGUUGCCGUACCUGCAGAACCAGAGCGAGGACUGCCUGUACCUAAACAUCUACGCCCCGGCACAAGUCAAUUUCGGGAGUUCGGAAAAAAUAUCGCUGAAACCCGUGUUGGUGUUCAUUCAUGGCGAAUCGUAUGAAUGGAACUCCGGAAACCCGUACGACGGCACGGUGUUAGCCAGCUACGGAGGUUUGGUCGUGGUCACUAUCAAUUACAGGCUAGGCGUAUUAGGUUUUUUAAAUCUCAACUCCAACCAGCAUCUCAAGUCACCGUCCAAUUACGGACUUAUGGACCAAAUAGCGGCCCUGCACUGGAUACAGGAGAACAUAGCGGUGUUCGGUGGUGAUCCUAGCAACGUGACGUUGAUGGGCCACGGGACCGGAGCUGCUUGUGUUGGUUUCCUGAUGGCAUCGUCCGCAGUACCCGAUGUGCUCUUUCAUCGGGCCAUCUUGCUCAGUGGGUCGCCGUUGAGCCCGUUAUCGUUGGUCAGGGACCCAGUGCACUAUGGCCAUCAGGUGGCCAAGCUGGUCAACUGUUCGCCGGACUUGCAGCAUAUGCACCUGCUCAACUGUUUGCGAAACACGCCUUUGGAUCAGCUGCUGAACACGCAGCUCCGCGUGCCAGAAUUCACUACCGCGUUCGGACCAAGCGUGGAUGGUGUCAUCAUAGACGUCGGUAUGCCCGAGUCCGGCAGACUCGGGACACAAUCGAGCGGCCAGGAUAGUGUACCCGGCAGACCAUCGGGAGAUCCAAAAGAAUUGGUGUUGGCCAACGGUUUCGGACCUGCCAUUCUCGGGAAUCCGGCUACUCGGCAAAAGUUACUAUCCAGGUUGUCCAAAUUCGAUUUAAUGUUGGGCGUGGUGCGAGCCGAAUCAUUUUUCGCUUUCACCGGUGACGAUAUCAAAUACGGUAUCGAAGCCGACAGGCGGACGAAAAUUCUUAAGACUUACGUGAAAAAUACGUACAAUUACCAUUUAACCGAGAUAUUGGCGACCAUUGUCAACGAAUAUACCGACUGGGACAGACCGAUACAGCAUCCGGUCAACAUCAGAGACGAGACUCUCGAGGCGCUUUCGGAUGCUCAGGUUGUGGCGCCCGUGAUCAACACGGCCGAUCUGCACUCGACCAACCGGAGGAACUCGUACCUGUUCGUUUUCGACUACCAGACCAAAUAUGGUGACUACCAACAGAGACAGGGAUGUAUCCACGGCGAAGAACUGCCGUACAUUUUCGGCGCUCCGCUGGUGGGAGGAUUGAUGCAUUUCCCGAGGAACUACACCAAGUCAGAAGUGCUGCUGUCCGAGGCGGCGGUUAUUUACUGGAGCAAUUUUGCCCGCACGGGUAAUCCGAACGAGCCACAGGACCAGGAUAUGUUGCACAAACAAGAACACGGCCGGUUCAAGAACAUCGAAUGGACUGCGUACGAAACGGUUCACAAGAAAUAUCUGAGCUUAGAUACGAAACCCAAAUUGAAAAGCCAUUACAGAGCGCACAGACUGUCGUUUUGGCUGAACCUCGUGCCGGAGCUGCACAAGCCCGGGGACGAAGUACCGUAUUCGCAUCACAUGUUCCAAUCCGAUCUGCGUGGGAUGACGUUUAAGCCCGGCUCGGAGAGGACGACCAAACCGUCGGCGGACGUUUACUACCGCGGCGGACAACAGCCGGCCGUCGGGCAACAAUCACCGACCGGCAACAAGUCCGCGGACGGCGGUGGUAGUUUGAACGGAACGAACGUGCUGCAGCCGCCGCCGGUCGUGGUGGCGUCGUCGUCGUCGUCCGACCGGGGCGACGGAGACGGCGACGAAAGCGGACGACAGUUCAAGGACGCGGACGACAAGGACGGCGGUGAUGGUGGCGGCGGUGGCCGGUCGCCGUCGUCGGCCGACGGACAGGACGACGUCGGUGCGGCCGGCGCCGGUUACGCGUCCUUCCCGCUAGCACUGGCCGUGGCCAUAGGCAUCGGGUGUUCGCUACUGUUCCUGAACAUCAUGAUCUUCGCGGUCAUCUACUACAACAAGUCGACCGGUUGGGGCGGCAGGCGGAGCGGUGGUAGCAGCAGGCGCACGUCCGGUUCCGGGGCGGGGGACGCGGAGGACUUGCAGCACCAGCAGGACGACCGGACGAGGAAGAUCAAAAAGCGGCCGGAGAACGGAGGCCCGAUGACCAAUCUGUGUUCCACCGGAGGAGCCACCGAGCUGCUGCAGAUGUUGGAGACGCGCACUGUUUCCGUAGGGGUUGUACCGCAAAACCAGCAGCACCAGCAGCACCAGCAGCAGCCGCACUCAAUACUGAAAAAGACUCCGCCACCGGUGGCCACGGCUCAAGUCGGGCCGAAAGCGACGCCACCGGUAGACCUGAGCACAACCGGUACGAGGGCGGCGCAACCACCACCCGCGGAGUUCGCCGACGUGGCAGCCCAGUGCUAUCAUCCGGGCGGCAGUAUCGUGGGCAUCGGGUCGUCGGCCACGCUGCCCCGACCACCACCGCCGCCCAAGUGCCCACGACCCGAUCACCACCAUCAUCACCACGGUGGUCAUCAACACCAGCAGCACCUGCAUGGCACCGUCAGGAGGCACGCGGCAUCCGCUUCGUCCGCGCUGCCCGCAUGCACGUGCUCCGGUCCGGCCACCGGUGCCGCAGCCGGUGCUUCUCAGACACCGCCGCCGCAGCAGCACCACGCGUCCUCCGCGAACCUGGCCAUGGACGCGGCGGCCGCGGCGAUGGCCGCCAAGAUCACCGGCAUCGAGGAGCUUCAUGUUUGACACUCGAACCGCGGCCACCGGCGGUCAUCCGACACAGAAAUUGACCGGUUGGCCAAUGAUCUGACUAGGAUAUGCGACCAACUGCGCGUGUCGUCCGGCGAAAGCGAUAGCGGUCGCGGUGGUGGUGGCGGCGGUGACUUGUUCUACUUAUGACAUUUUUUAGCCUUUGACGUGUUGUGUUCGACGUGAAGAGGAAAUAAUUUUGAAACGCACACCAAUAUAAAUAUAAAUAUGUAACUUACAUUCUUACGCAAUUAUCUUCUAAGACCUGUCUGUACAUAUUAUAACCGUGUAAUGAGGAUAAAAAUAAAUAAAUAUUUCUCUCUCUCUCUCUCUCUCUCUCUCACACACACACACAAACUCACUUUUCCAUAACACUUUUCGCAUGUUAACGUUCCCGUUAAAUCCGUUGUAAUAAUAUGUAUAACAAUAAUUAGAUGACAUUUAUAACAUGAUAUUACGUUUAAACAAAAUUAUUUGAGAGCAGUAAUUUUAAUGGUUGUUACAAAUUCUUGUUAUUUAUUAAUAAUAUGUAUUGUACUGUAAUGUUUUUAUGUUUCUUUUUUCAUUAUAUAUGUAUAUGUACCAUUUGUCGUUAAAAUAUGUCUUCUAGUUACCAAAAAAAAAAAAAAAUUGUUGUUGAAAUACUUGUCGUCAUAGUUGUUUAACGUAAUGAUUUUUCGAGAUCCGGAUUUCCCGUCUGCUUCGAACGAGUGAAAACCCUAUCGAUAAAUGACUUUCAUUGCAAACAUAACUGCCGUCGUACGAUUACAAGGAACGUGCGCGCGCGAAACGUUAGCAUAAUUGAUUGUACCACGUUUUUUGUUUUUUGUGCUACUUAUUUUACGUAUGCGAAGCAAUCUCAGUGCCACAGAUUUCAAGCGUAAACGAUUUUGAUUUUGAUUUUAUUUUUUGUUUUUUUUUGGCUCGACGGUGAUUUACUCCUAGUUAGCGAAUAAACGCGUAUAAACAAAUUUUUAUAAUAUUCUAGAUCUUAAUAAGUCGAUCGAACGUCAUGAAAUGCGCAUCUCAUGCUUACAACCGUAUAAAUAUUUCUAAACGCAUACCGCCGUUGGAUCUUCUUCAAAACCACUCGUAGCUCAUUGCGUUUAUAUAUUUUUACCAUAUCGUUUUAAAUUGUUGCGUUCGUGGUACGUCGUGACUCAAAUUACGUUGUGCUGAUUGCAAGAGAAAAAAAGCUCGAUGGAAGGAAGUUACCAAUAUCCAAAGUGAAUUGUAUUUUCUGUUACAUCGAAAGUUUUCAAUUUUUUUUUUUUUUAAAUCCAAUUCCACAAUUGUUUGGCUAAACGAUUUUGAUAAACAAAACAUUCACGGAGUGGCGGCGUCGGAGAGAAAAAAACAUUGAGGCGGAAUAAAGUUUGCGAGUUCGUGCGGUCCCUGGAUGGUGUACGAAAUAGACUUUUCGUUAAAAGUUUAACGUAAAUAAAAAAAAAACCAAAAACAAAAAAUUUAUCCCUCGAUUCUUAUUAUGCAUGUAUCGAAUAAGUUGAAAAAAAACCUUUCAUCUCGAUCUGAUUCGAAGUCGUAUCGAUAAUUUUUGUUUGGAAAAAUAAACGUGUAGAAAUAUCGUAUUGGAAAA